AAUUUGCGACAUCUCUAGUCACUCAUCAUCAGCCGGAGUCGGAGACCCGAGACCGGAGACCAGGUGCAAUUCUGGUUUUGUUAGAUUGAUUCAAGGUUUUAUAUUAUAUUUUAGGUUCUAGAUUAGUUCUUUAGUAAUCAGAGAGGUUAUUGGUUACAAAACAAGAAGAUGCUGGACACAACUCAUAUGAUAAGUGCUGCUGCAGUGCUUGCCUCGUUCAUCUUAGGAUUCAAAUUUGGUAACAAAAACAUCACUGGGAAGGAUACCGAGAAUGGCCGUGCAACGAAAGCUACAUCCGACAAAACAGAAGAAGAAAAUAUUUUCUCCGAUAUAGGCGGCGAAUAUAAAAUGAUAUUGGUAGUUCGGAAUGAUCUCAAAAUGGGCAAGGGAAAGAUCGCGGCCCAGUGUGGUCAUGCAGCUGUUGGUGCUUACGAGGGUGCCCUUAAGAAGACGCCGUCGGUCCUCCGCAAGUGGCAGAGAACCGGGCAGGCCAAAAUUGCCGUAAAGGUCGAAAAUGAACAGCAGCUGAUGGAAGUCUAUAGGACGGUCAAGGCGAAUAAUAUCAACUGUUGCUUGAUUCGUGACGCUGGUCGCACUCAAAUAGAACCCAACAGUAAGACGGUGCUAGCCAUCGGACCGGCACCCAACCAGGUGAUCGACACAAUAACUGGACAUUUGAAACUCUUAUAAAACAUUUUUUUUUGGAAAUUCAAUUUUAACAUUACUUUUUUUGUCUUUAUUAAAGAGAUUUUCAGCUCUAGGAAUAA